CUUAGUUCGAGUGUUCAGUGAGAACUCGCAGUAACAAUUCAUUUCUCACAAGGACACUUGGACACAACUGGACUGUUGCUUGUGAGAGGAUACUUUAAACUUUCUCAAAAUGGCAGACGUCGAACAAGACGGCGGGCCUAGUGAAAAAGAGCAAAACAAGCCUGACAGCCCAAAACCUGACCAAGAAGUUGCGCCCCCUCUCGUAACCAAAGGAGAUGACAAGGGAGGCAAGAAGCCAGCGCCGAAGAUGCAGGUGUCCAAGGCCGCCAUGAAGAAGAUAGUUCUGGCUGGCGAUGCCAUGAAGGAAGUUCAGCGGGCAAAGGCCAACAAAGAUGAGAGGAAACUGCAGAUGGAUGCAAGACAUUCCUACCUCAUUGAAAAGAUUUCUGAUGCUCUUGGUCUUGAUUCAGCUGUAGUAGAAGACUUUAUUCUGGGAGAUGACAAGUUUGAUCUAAUUGACAACUUUUUUGCUGAGAAAGGAGCCAGAAAGUUGAUGUUUUUCUAUCAGGAGGCCACUAAGUCUACUACCACUGGUAGUCCAAGCAAGAGGCUAUUUAUCACCAGUGGGGACACAGAGGGUCUGCAUGGAGUGUGUCUGUACUUCCUGAGGUUGUCAACCAAGGCCAUCUCCAACAGAAACAUCACAGAUGAAGUCAACUUUGGUAUGAUGGACUGCAACCAGGGGCAGGUGCUCAGAGGCUUCGAGAAACACAUGUCAAAGGUCAUCCUGCCAGCACUGAAAUCUCUAGAGCAAUGGGGCACCUUAACAAAUGGCAGCAAUGGUAACAAUGCUCAGGUUGAGGAUUUCUUGGAAAACAUGGAGAAAUUCAUCAGCAGCCUCAUCUCUGCUCUAAACAACAUGGAGGGUCAGGUCUCUCUGGAGGAGAAUGGGACAGGGCACAUCAUAGACAGCAUGGAGUCUCCCGCAGACUAUCAGACUGCAGCUGCUAACACAGAGUACCUGGAGAAGCUGGAGGAACUGCUUGGUAUGUGGUCCAAGCAGAUCGAGCAGGUACUGGCUGAGAGUGAGCAGAUGAGGCGAGAAGCUGAUGACAUCGGACCAACUGCGGAACUAGCAUACUGGAAGAGUCGUAUGGCCAGAUUCAACAACCUGCUGGAGCAGAUGAAGAAUGCAAGAGUCAAGCGAGUGGUGGGCGUGUUACAGGUGGCCAAGUCCAAGUCUCUGAAGAAGUGGAAGGAACUGGAUGGUCGGAUCACAGAUGCUGCCAAUGAAGCCAAGGACAAUGUGAAAUAUCUCUAUACCCUCGACAAGUUCUUUGGCCCACUUGUCAAGUGUACUCCUGCCAACAUGGUGGAACACAUCCCAAGUCUGAUGAACGCCAUCAGGAUGAUCUACAGCAUCUCGCAGUACUACAACACCUCAGAGAGGAUGACCUCAUUGUUUGUGAAGGUCACCAACCAGAUGAUCACCACAUGCAAGGCCUACAUCAUGCAGGGAGUUUCCAAGGUCUGGGAGCACCCAAGACUGGAGCUGCUAAAGAGAUUGGGGGAGUGCAUCCACCUGAAUAAGGAGUAUCAGCGGCACUUCCACAAGACCAAGGCACGACUUCAGGAGACGCCCAAUGAGAGGCAGUUUGAGUUCAGUGAAAACUACAUUUUUGGCAAAUUUGACACAUUCUGCAAACGUUUGGAUAAGAUCAUUGACAUGAUCAACACCAUAGAGAUGUUUGCUGGCGUUCAGGAUAUGAAAAUAGAAGGUCUGGACACCAUCAUCGUCAGGUACAAGACUAUUGUUGAUGUCACCAAGAAGAAGAACUAUGAUGUGUUGGACCACAGGAAGCAGGAGUUUGAUCAGGACUAUCAGGAUUUCCGCAACCAGAUUGAUUCCCUACGUAUGAGCAUCCAAACCUUCAUGGACUCGUGGUUCCAGAGAUCUCUCACGACCGAGAAAGCCUUGGAGCUGCUGGACAAGUUUGACGCCAUCAGUGGAGCCCAGCUGGACAUGAAUGAGAAGUACAUGCGGGUCAUGAUGAGCUAUGGCAAAGACUUAGAGUCAAUCAGGAAGAUCUACCAGAAAAACAAGGGCGACCCCAUAGCCCCACGUAACCUGCCCCCUAUUGCUGGCCGAAUAGCAUGGGCCAGACAGCUCUAUAGGAAGAUUGAGCUGCCCAUGAAGGUGUUCAAGAGCAAGCCGGAGAUACUGAAGCAUGCUGAGGCCAAGAAGAUAAUCCGAAACUUCAACAAAAUGGCUGGUGUUUUGCUUGAGUAUGAGCUGUUGUACCACCGUGGAUGGUUCCGUGCCGUGGAAUCAGCAAAGAGUGGACUGCAUGCUUCACUCCUUGUGAAGCACCCAGAGUCCAGCGAGCUGUUUGUCAACUUUGACCCCCAGAUUAUGGAGCUGAUUCAGGAGGCUAAGUGUCUGCAGGCUAUGGGGCUAGAGGUUCCCCGAGAGGCUAGGGAGCUCAUCGUGAAGGAGGAGACAAUUAAGAGCAACCACACCACUCUGCAGGAAAUCCUGUCUGAGUACAAGGGCAUUGUGGGAAGUAUUGCCCACGCUCUGUUGCCUUUGAUGAAACCAUUCCAGGACCGUGUUGAGGAGGCCCUUAGUCCUGGAGUGACAAGUCUUACCUGGACUUCUCUCAAUGUUGAUGCAUACACUUCUAAAAUCUAUGAGGUCAUGUCCUCUCUUGAGAAGCUGGUGAAGACUGUCAACGAUGUCCUUGACUGCCGUAUUGAGGCUGUGCUGCAGGAGAUGUCCAUUACAGCGCUUUGUGAUUUGCCAGAGUACGAGGCCAUUCCUGCUGAAAAGUUCCUGGAAAUCACUGAGGAUAUUGUCAAGCAGGCAUCAGAAUCUCUGGCAACUCAGAGCCAGUUGGUUGAGAAGUCCGUGAAUGAGCUGGUGAGUACUCUGAAGGGAAAGCUGUAUCCUGAGGAGCAGACCAACCUGUCACCUGAUGAUGGCUACGCUUGCAUUCAGCCUGACACCAAGAACAAGAAGCAGCGCUGCCAGGAGUGUCAGCCAUGUGGCUACUACAGCCUCCUAAACUACUUCACACAGCGCAACACCGAGGCCCUCGUAAAGUGUACCCGCCUGUCGUUGGACACCAUCAAGCGUCGGCUGCAGGCCUCCAACAAGUACACCAUGGGGGAUGAGCUGAAGGAGGACCCCAAGCCUCCCCUGUUUAAGGCUGACGUCACCCUGGCCAUCCCCAACGUUGUGAUGAAGCCCAGUUUGGAGGAUCUCCAACACACUCUCAACAAGGCCGUGCAGAUAAUCCUGAAGGCUUCGGCCAACAUCCCACAGUGGGAGCACCAGACUCUGCAGCAGAAGCAGCAGCAGAAGGAGAUGGAGCUGCUAGCCGCAGAACAAGCGGAUGAGGGAGCCAAGAUGAUUCCCACUGCUCAGGUGAAGCCACUGCACAAGGUGAUCAGCGAACACAAGGAUGUGAUGAAGAUUGUUAUCCAGUUAAACUCCAUCAUCUCCACAUUCAAGGCAGACGUCAAUGAGUCACUGGAGGUGUAUACUCAGUACUCUGAACUUUGGGCUCAGGAGCCCGAGGAGAAGGUGAAGGAAUUCAUGGCCAGCAAACCCAUCAUGUCCGAGAUUGAAGCGCAGAUCAAGUAUUAUCAGAGGCUUGAGCUGGAGAUUGAAGAGAUGCAGACAAGUUUCCGUGUGGGUUCCGUGCUGUUCCUGACCGACGUUCUCAAACUAGCCCUGGUCACGGAAACCCGCAAUUGGAAACAUGCUUAUGCCAAGGCCCUCAACGAGAAAUGUGGUCGGGAGAUGGAUGAGACUCUUGACUUCAUUGACAAUCUCAUGAAGAGACUCAGUCGACCAAUCAAAGAUUUGGAUGAUGUGAGAGGCGCUAUGGCUGCUCUGAAUGAAAUACGAGAAAAUGAGAUCCGUAUUGACAUGACCCUGGGUCCGAUUGAAGAGACAUAUGCCUUACUGAAUCGUGUGAACAUCUUUUUCAAUGAUGGAAAUGCUGAGAGGGUUGAUUCAAUGGCCUACAAUUGGAAGAAACUCAACACUCAGGUAGAAGUUGUUCAGGAGCACCUGGUGGUGAUUCAGCCGGAGUUCAAGGCAGACCUCACUGCUGGCGUGGAGCAGUACAUCGCUGAUGCCAACUCAUUUGUCAAUGACUAUGACGUAACGGGCCCUAUGGAACAGGGCAUACAGCCAAGUGAGGCCUCUGACCGUCUCAACAUCUAUCAAGCCAAGUUUGAUGAGUUGUGGAGGAAGUAUGUCACCUACAAUGGUGGUGAGGAGCUGUUUGGGCUCCAGGUGACGGAGUACCCAGAACUGUUCCGCAUCAAGAAAGAGCUGAACCUUCUACAGAAGUUGUAUCAGCUGUACAACGCUGUCCUGGACAAUGUCAGCGGAUACUACGACAUCGCCUGGUCCGAAAUUGACAUUGAGAAGAUCAACGGAGAGCUCUUGGAGUUCCAAAAUAGGUGCCGUAAGUUGCCAAAGGCCUUGAAGGAAUGGCAGGCCUAUGAGGAUUUGCGGAAGACUAUUGAUGACUUCAAUGAGACUUGUCCACUCCUUGAGAUGAUGUCCAAUAAAGCCAUGAUGACCCGUCACUGGGAACGUAUUGCACAGAUCACUGGACACACAUUUGAUGUCGAAUCUGAGAACUUCCUGCUGCGAGACUUGAUGAAGGCUCCACUGUUGCAUUACAAGGAGGACAUUGAGGACAUCUGUAUCUCAGCUGUGAAGGAGAAGGACAUCGAGGCUAAGCUGAAGCAGGUGGUCAAUGACUGGAGUGCACAGAAUUUUCAGUUCUCCAACUUCAAGACCAGGGGAGAACUUCUUCUCAAGGGUGAUACGACAUCAGAGACUGUGGCGCUAAUGGAGGACAGCUUGAUGGUGCUCGGCUCCUUGCUCAGCAACAGGUACAAUGCUCCAUUCAAGCCUCGUAUACAGGAGUGGGUGCAGAAGUUGACCGGAACCACUGAGAUCAUUGAGAACUGGCUGGUUGUGCAGAACCUCUGGAUCUAUCUGGAGGCUGUGUUUGUAGGGGGUGACAUUGCUAAACAGUUGCCACAGGAAGCCAAGCGGUUCAGCAACAUCGACAAGUCCUGGCAGAAGAUCAUGCAGCGUGCCCAUGAGAACCCAAACGUGGUGGUGUGCUGUGUCGGUGACGACACCCUGAGUCAGCUGCUACCACAUCUACUGGAACAACUGGAGAUCUGCCAGAAGUCUCUUACUGGCUACCUGGAGAAGAAACGUCUGGUGUUCCCCAGAUUCUUCUUUGUGUCUGACCCUGCUCUUCUUGAGAUCCUAGGACAGGCCAGUGACUCACACACUAUCCAGAAUCAUCUCCUGAGUGUGUUUGACAACACCCGCCUUGUGACAUUUGAUGAAAAAGUGUAUGAUAAGAUCCUUGCAAUCAACUCCCAGGAGGGUGAGCAGGUCAUGCUGGAUGAGCCAGUCAAUGCUCAGGGUAAUGUUGAGGUGUGGCUCGGUGACCUCCUUAACAAUGGCCGCCGAUCGCUGCACGGCAUCAUCAGAACAGCCUCCGUAGCCAUCCAGGACCCGGCGUUCAACUUGCUGGAGUUUGAGAACACCUUCCCAUCUCAGGUUGGUCUGCUGGGCAUCCAGAUGAUCUGGACCCGGGACUCAGAAGAUGCCCUGAACAAUGCACGGACAGACAAGAAGGUGAUGACCACUACCAACCAAAAGUUUCUGGAUCUUCUGAACAUGUUGAUUGAGCAGACCACACGAGAGAUGACAAAGAUGGAGAGAACGAAAUAUGAAACUCUCAUCACCAUCCACGUACAUCAGAAGGACAUCUUUGACGAUCUGGUGCGUCUCCAUGUCAAGUCAAUAAACGACUUUGAGUGGUUGAAGCAGUCUCGCUUCUACUUCAAGGAAGAUCUGGAUCAGUGUGUCAUCUCGAUCACUGAUGUGGACUUCACCUACCAGAACGAGUUCCUGGGGUGCACGGAGAGAUUGGUCAUCACCCCACUCACUGACAGGUGUUACAUUACCCUGUCCCAGGCACUGGGAAUGUCCCUCGGGGGUGCCCCAGCAGGCCCCGCCGGUACUGGCAAGACUGAGACCACGAAGGACAUGGGAAGAUGUCUUGGCAAGUAUGUUGUUGUCUUCAACUGCUCCGAUCAGAUGGACUACAGAGGUCUUGGCAGAAUCUACAAAGGUCUUGCUCAAGCUGGUGCAUGGGGUUGUUUUGACGAGUUCAACCGUAUCGAGCUGCCAGUGUUGUCUGUGGCUGCCCAGCAGAUCGCCAUUGUGCUGCAGUGUAAGAAGGAGAGGAAAUCAGUGUUCAUCUUCACUGACGGGGACUCUGUGGACAUGGACCCUGAGUUUGGUAUCUUCUUGACCAUGAACCCUGGCUAUGCUGGGCGUCAAGAGUUGCCUGAGAACCUGAAGAUCAACUUCCGUACUGUGGCCAUGAUGGUUCCGGACAGAGCUAUCAUCAUCCGUGUCAAGCUUGCCAGUUGUGGUUUCCAACAGAACAUUGUUCUUGCCAAAAAGUUCUUCACCCUGUACAAGCUCUGUGAAGAGCAGCUCAGCAAACAGGUCCACUAUGACUUUGGUUUGAGGAACAUCCUGUCUGUUUUGCGUACACUUGGAGCCUUCAAGAGAGCUAACCCUGAAGAUGGAGAGCCCACCAUUGUGAUGAGAGUACUGAGAGACAUGAACCUCUCUAAACUGGUGGAUGAGGAUGAACCGCUGUUCAUGUCACUGAUUGAGGACUUGUUCCCUGGGAUGACCCUGGACAAGGCAGGUUACCCAGAGAUGGAGGCAGCCAUUGAGAAACAGGUGGGAGAGGCUGGCCUGAUCCAUCAUGCUCCAUGGAUCCUGAAGCUGAUUCAGCUGUUUGAGACCCAGCGUGUCCGUCACGGCAUGAUGACCCUGGGGCCAACUGGCGCCGGCAAGACCAAGUGUAUCCAGAUGCUGAUGAAGUCCAUGACAGAGUGUGGCACCCCCCACAAGGAGAUGAGAAUGAACCCCAAGGCUAUCACUGCCCCCCAGAUGUUUGGUAGACUGGAUGUUGCCACCAAUGACUGGACAGAUGGUAUCUUCUCUACUCUCUGGAGAAGAACUCAUAAGACAAAGAAGGGGGAGCAUGUCUGGAUGAUUCUUGAUGGCCCUGUAGAUGCUAUCUGGAUUGAGAACCUCAACUCUGUACUGGAUGACAAUAAGACACUCACACUGGCUAAUGGAGAUCGUAUCCCUAUGGCCCCCAACUGUAAGAUCAUCUUCGAGGUUCACAACAUCGACAACGCCUCCCCUGCCACAGUGUCCAGGAAUGGCAUGGUCUUUAUGAGCAGCUCCAUCUUGGACUGGGAUCCCAUCCUCAGGGGCUGGCUUGAGAGUCGUCCACCAGCACAGUCCGACAUGAUCUACAACGUGUUUGAAUCUAUCUUCCCCAAGUUGUAUCUAUAUGUUAUACAGUCUCUGGACCCAAAGAUGGCGGUGCUGGAGUGCAUGUACAUCCGUCAGGCCAUUGAUGUCCUGGAAGGACUGCUCCCCAAGGGAGACGACAACAAGGACAUUCAACGAGAACACCUCACUCGUCUCAUCAUCUUCGCCAUCAUGUGGUCCCUGGGGGCACUCCUGGAGAUAGAUGACAGGAAAAAGCUUGAAGAAUGGUUCAUGGAGAAGAAUGGAGAGCUGAACCUCCCCCUGCCACCUGCAUCUGGGGAGGACACCAUCUAUGAGUUUGUUGUUGGCGAGAAUGGCGACUGGGAACACUGGGCAGGACGUGUGCCUGAGUAUGUGUAUCCUCCUGACUCAACACCUGAGUAUACCUCCAUCUUGGUGCCUAAUGUUGACAACGUAAGAACUGACUUCCUCAUCGACACCAUCUCCAAACAGGGCAAGGCCAUACUGCUGAUUGGUGAACAGGGUACGGCAAAGACUGUGAUGGUACAAGGCUACUGCGGCAAGAGUGACCCAGAGGUUCACAUGUUUAAGAGCUUCAACUUCUCCAGUGCCUCAACACCCAUGCUGUUCCAGAGAACUAUCGAGAGUUUUGUAGACAAAAGGAUGGGCACAACAUAUGGACCCCCAGCUGGUCGCAAGAUGACCGUCUUCAUUGAUGACAUCAACAUGCCCAUCAUCAACGAGUGGGGAGAUCAGGUGACUAACGAGAUCACUCGCCAGAUGAUGGAGUACCAUGGUUUCUAUAACCUGGAGAAACCAGGCGAGUUUACCACCAUCGUGGACAUUCAGAUUAUUGCUGCCAUGAUUCACCCAGGGGGUGGCCGGAAUGACAUCCCUCAGAGCCUCAAGAGAUCUUUCAACAUCUUCAACUGCACACUGCCUUCCAAUGCCUCCAUUGACAAGGUUUUCAGGACCAUUGGAUGUGGCUGGUUCAUCAAGGAGCGAGGGUUUGUGGAGGAGGUGUCUGAACUGAUCAAGUCCCUGGUGCCAGCAACCAGGAAACUCUGGCAGAAGGUCAAGGUCAAGAUGUUGCCAACACCUGCCAAGUUUCACUAUGUCUUCAACUUGAGAGAUCUCAGCAGAAUAUGGCAGGGCAUGUUGAACACUACCAAUGAGAUAGUUACCAACAAUGGUGUCCUGAUGUCACUAUGGAAACAUGAGUGUACACGUGUCAUCGCAGACAGAUUCACAGAGAUGUCCGACAAGGAUUGGUUUGAAAAGACUAUCAAACAGGUUGCUGAAGAGCAGUGUGGCUCUGCCGUCUGCCAGGAUAUGCAGCUUGAACCGUACUUUGUGGAUUUCCUGAGGGAACCCCCAGAGCCAACAGGAGAUGAAGCAGAAGAUGCUGACUUGGAUGCUCCUAAAAUAUAUGAGCCCAUUGUUACUUUCGAGGGCCUCGCAGAUCGACUCACCUCCUACCAGGCACAGUACAAUGAACUUGUCAGAGGAUCCAAGAUGGAUCUUGUCUUCUUCAAGGAUGCCAUGACAAACUUGGUGAAGAUUUCACGUAUCAUUCGAACCCCGAGGGGCCAUGCUCUGUUGGUGGGUGUUGGAGGUUCUGGCAAACAGAGCUUGACUCGCCUUGCUUCCUUCAUUGCUGGCUACAAGAUCUUCCAGGUCACACUCACAAGGUCAUACAAUGUCAGCAACCUGCUGGAGGACCUGAAGAACCUGUACCGCAUCUCAGGGCAGCAGGGUCAGGGCAUCACCUUCCUCUUCACCGACAACGAGAUCAAGGAUGAGGGCUUCCUGGAGUACAUGAACAACAUCCUGUCCUCGGGAGAGGUUUCGGGACUGUUUGCUCGAGAUGAGAUGGAUGAGAUCCUGCAGGAACUGAUUGCCCCCAUGAAGAGAGACUCCCCCCGCCGUCCACCCACCAAUGAGAACCUGUAUGACUAUUAUCUAAGCCGUGUGAGACAGAAUCUUCACGUCUGCCUCUGCUUCUCUCCGGUUGGAGAAAAGUUCCGGAAUCGUUCCCUGAAGUUCCCUGGUUUGAUCUCUGGCUGUACAAUGGACUGGUUCCAGCGCUGGCCCAAGGAUGCUUUGGUUGCUGUAUCCAACCACUUCCUUGCAUCCUACGACAUUGUCUGCACGCCAGCAGUCAAGCAGUCUGUGGUCAACACCAUGGGUGUCUUCCAGGAUACAGUUGCUGAGCUGUGUACUGAAUACUUCCAACGGUACCGUCGCCAAACACAUGUGACGCCAAAGUCUUACUUGUCUUUCCUGUCUGGAUACAAACAGAUCUACUCAGAGAAGAAAGAUGAAAUUGGAAUCCUUGCUAACAGAAUGAAUACAGGUUUGAAGAAGCUGAUUGAGGCAUCCGAGUCUGUGAAUGAGCUGAGUCUGGAGCUGGCUGUCAAGGAGAAGGAGUUGGCUGUUGCCUCAAAGAAGGCUGACCAGGUGCUGGCAGAGGUCACAGUGAAGGCUCAGGCAGCUGAGAAGGUUAAGGCCCAAGUCCAGUUAGUCAAGGACAAAGCUCAGACUAUUGUCGACCAGAUCUCUGGAGACAAGGCGUAUGCCAUGGAUAAGCUAGAGGCUGCUCGACCUGCUCUUGAGGAGGCUGAGGCUGCUCUUCAGACCAUCAAACCUGCUCACAUUUCAACCGUGAGAAAGCUUGGCAAACCUCCACAUCUCAUCAUGAGAAUCAUGGACUGUGCGCUGAUUCUAUUCAGACGCAAAGUUGAUCAAAAUGCUCAGGACCCAGAACGACUAUGCCCCAAACCAUCUUGGUCGGAGGCUCUCAAACUGAUGUCUGGGUCCGGCUUCCUGCAGUCACUGCUCAACUUCAACAAGGAUACCAUCACAGAGGAAAUGGUAGAACUUAUGCAGCCAUACUUAACCAUGGAGGACUACAACAUUGACAGUGCCCGUAAAGUGUGUGGUGAUGUUGCUGGACUUGCAUCAUGGACCAAGGCUAUGGCAUUCUUCUAUGGCAUCAACAAGGAGGUCCUUCCUCUCAAGGCAAACCUGGCAGUGCAGGAAGCUAAACUAGGCGUGGCCAAUGGUGACUUGGCCUCAGCACAGGCCCAGCUUGAUGCUAAACAGGCUGAACUGGACGUUGUACAGGCCCAGUUUGAUGCUGCCAUAUCAGAAAAACAGGCUCUGGAGGAUGAUGCUGAAGCAUGCCGGCGCAAGAUGACCAAUGCCGAGGCUCUCAUCAAUGGUCUGUCCGGAGAGAAGAUCCGAUGGACAGAGUCCAGCAAGAGUUUUGAGUCCCAGAUCCAGAGGCUGGUUGGUGAUGUCCUGCUGGCUACUGGCUUCUUGUCCUACAGUGGACCUUUCAACCAGGAGUUCCGUAGUCUUAUGCUCCGCAACUGGAAGAAAGAGAUGACACAGGGCAAGAUCCCCUUCACUGAUGACCUGAACAUCAUCUCCAUGCUGGUGGACAAUGCAACUAUCAGUGAGUGGAACCUGCAAGGUCUACCUAACGAUGAGUUAUCCACACAGAACGGCCUGAUUGUGACCAAGGCAGCUCGCUUCCCUCUGCUUAUUGACCCCCAGGGUCAAGGCAAGGCUUGGAUCAAGAGCAAGGAGGGGAACAAUGAGCUACAGAUCACUGCCUUGAAUCACAAAUACUUCAGGUCCCAUCUUGAAGAUAGCUUGUCCUUAGGACGUCCCUUGUUGAUUGAAGAUGUGGGAGAAGAGUUGGACCCUGCACUUGAUAACGUCCUUGAGAAGAACUUCAUCAAGUCAGGCAGCACAUUCAAGGUUAAAGUUGGGGACAAGGAGGUAGACGUCAUGAAUGGCUUCCGACUGUACGUCACUACAAAGCUGGCCAACCCUGCAUACACCCCUGAGGUGUCUGCCCGAACGUCCAUCAUUGACUUCACUGUGACACAGAAGGGCCUGGAGGACCAACUGCUGGGAAUUGUAAUCCUCACAGAGAAACAGGAACUGGAGGCUGAACGUACCAGUCUCCUGGAGGAGGUGACCAACAACAAGAGGAAGAUGAAGGAGCUGGAGGACAACCUGCUGUACAGGCUCACCUCAACCGAGGGCUCACUUGUUGAGGACGAAUCACUCAUUGAGGUACUGAGGAUCACCAAAGCAACCUCUGAGGAGGUCAGUGAGAAGCUGAAUAUCGCCAAGGAAACCGAGACCAAGAUAAACACAGCUCGAGAAGAGUUCAGACCAGUGGCGGCCCGAGGCAGUAUCCUGUAUUUCGUCAUUGUGGAGAUGAGUAUGGUGAACAUCAUGUACCAGACAUCACUCCGUCAGUUCCUGCAGCUGUUCGAUUUGUCCAUGUCCCGCUCACAGAAGUCUCCCAUCACUGGCAAGAGGAUCAACAACAUCAUCGACUUCCUCACCCUGCUCGUGUUUAAGUACACCUGCCGUGGUCUGUAUGAGAAGGACAAGUUCCUCUUCACUAUCCUCAUGACUCUCAAGAUUGAGAUGUCCUUCAUGAGGGUCAAGCCAGAAGAGUUCCAAGUCUUCAUAAAGGGUGGUGCUGCUCUGGACCUGAAUGCUGUGGAGCCGAAGCCCAAGAAGUGGAUCAUGGACAUGACCUGGUUGAACCUGGUGGAACUGAGCAGAUUGCCUCAGUUCAUACAGAUCCUCUCACAAGUCAGCAGGAAUGAUAAGGCAUGGAAGGCAUGGUUUGAUGAAGAUGCCCCGGAGGAAGUGACUGCCCCAGAUGGCUACUCCACGACACUUGACACAUUCCGGAAGCUGUUGCUCAUCCGAUGCUGGUGCCCGGAUCGAGUCAUCCCUAUGGCCAGGAAGUACAUUGCAGAAGCUAUGGGUGUUGAGUUUGCUGAGGGUGUGAUUCUCAACCUGGAGGCCAUGUGGGGAGAGUCCGUCAACAAAACUCCAAUGAUCUGUUUCCUGUCCAUGGGAUCUGACCCAACAGACGACAUUGAGAGACUUGCCAAACAGAAGGGAAUAAAAUGUGCAAUUUCCAUGGGUCAAGGUCAGGAAGUCCAUGCUCGCCGUCUGCUGCAAGUGUCCAUGUCUGAAGGUCGCUGGGUUCUACUGCAGAACUGCCAUCUUGGUCUAGACUUCAUGGAUGAACUGUUAGAAACAGUCACUUUCCGCCUGUGGGUGACUACAGAGGAACAUCCUAAGUUCCCUAUCAACUUGCUGCAGUCGUCCAUCAAAUUCACCAAUGAGCCCCCGCAGGGAGUGAAGGCUGGUCUCAAGAGAACAUACGCUGGAGUCACGCAGGAACAGCUGGAGUACAGCAACCUGAACAUGUGGAAGCCAAUACUGUACGGUGUUGGCUUCCUCCACACCACGGUGCAGGAGAGGAGAAAGUUCGGACCCAUCGGCUGGAACAUCCCAUAUGAGUUUAACCAGGCUGAUUACUCUGCCACUGUACAGUUUGUACAGAACCAUCUGGAUGAUCUUGAUCCUAAGAAGGGAGUCAGCUUUGUGACUGUACGUUACAUGAUUGGUGAGGUGCAGUACGGAGGUCGUGUAACGGAUGACUAUGACAAGCGUCUCCUCAACACAUACGCUAAAGUGUGGUUCAGUGAGCACAUGUUCCAGGACAACUUCCAGUUCUACACAGGCUACAAGAUCCCUCGCUGUAAGACUAUUGAUGAGUACAGACAGUACAUUGACAAUCUGCCACUCAAUGACACCCCUGAAUGCUUCGGACUUCAUCCCAAUGCUGACAUCACGUACCAGACCAACACGGCCAACACAAUGCUGGACACCAUAGUCAGCAUCCAGCCCAAGGAUUCCGGCGGCGGCAGUGGAGAGACCCGUGAGAGUGUUGUCUACAGACUGGCUGAUGACAUGUUGGAGAAACUUCCUGCAGACUACAUUCCGUUCGAGGUGAAGGAACGUCUGCGUAAGAUGGGGCAUCUUCAGCCCCUCAACAUCUUCCUCCGACAGGAGAUUGACCGGAUGCAGAAGGUUAUUGCUCUUGUCCGCUUGACUCUGAAGGAUCUGAAGUUGGCUAUUGAUGGUACUAUCAUCAUGAGUGAAAACUUACGUGAUGCCCUUGACAACAUGUAUGAUGCUCGCGUGCCAAGCAACUGGAAGAAGGUGUCCUGGGAGUCGGCCACCCUUGGGUUCUGGUUCACAGACCUACUAGACCGGAACGCUCAGUUCCACACCUGGCUGUUUGAUGGUCGACCUACCUGUUUCUGGAUGACUGGUUUCUUCAACCCUCAGGGCUUCCUGACUGCCAUGAGACAGGAGAUCACCCGAGCUCACAAGGGCUGGGCCUUGGACAAUGUCUUCCUGGACAAUGAUGUCACCAAGCUGAUGAAGGAGGAUAUCAACUCACCACCUUCUGAAGGUGUGUAUGUAUACGGUUUGUUCCUGGAUGGUGCGGGCUGGGACCGACGUAACGCCCGUCUCAUUGAACCCACGCCUAAGGUCCUGUACACUCCUCUACCAGUGGUGCAUGUCUUCGCCACCAACCAGGACAAAAACAAGGGUGGCAAUUUCUAUGAGUGUCCAGUGUACAAGAAGCCAAGGCGUACUGAUCUAACAUACAUCUUCCCACUGCUUCUCAAGACCAACAAGACACCAGACCACUGGAUUCUGCGUGGGGUUGGCCUGCUGUGUGACACCAAGUAAACACUGAUGAGAUGUUUCAAACUAUGGAGGUCCUGCAGUACUGCUCUCCCAGGGCCGAAAUCUGGACAAGGACUCGUUCAGUUUCAUAUUUAAUUUCAAUCACUAUACAGUGAUUCUGUUAACAUUUGCCAACACAGAAUCAAACAUCAACACCUAUUUGGAACAAAUACAUUGCAGAAGCGUUCAAGAAAUCCUUUUUCUUCCAAAUUGAUUACAACAUGUGUUGGCAUACGUUUAUAAUCUUGUAUGUGAAGAUAUUGUGGAUAUGUUAAUAUGUUUGGUUUUUUAAGAAUGAUGUGUUAAGAGGUCCCGUUGAGAUAAUCAAAAUGUCCAAGUGUCAUUGACAGAUGAUGUUGUGCUAUAUAUGAUACUGUACAGUGCUGAUUCCAUGUGAUGUGAUAUUUGACUCGGUCAUCUAUCCUCAGUCCUGGCAUAUAAGUUCUACCAAAUAACUCUUUCAUGUUUUGUCAUCUUUGGAUUAAAUUAAUUAUGUCACUUUGUACAGAGGCACAAUCAUUUGUUCAUCAUUGCUUUAUAUUUGUCUAUUUGCCAAAAUUGUUUUUCUUAAAACAAAAAAAAAUAUGCAACCAACUGCAGACAAUCUUUAUGCACUCUUAAAAUAUAUCACUUGCCAAUAUUGUCACGUUACUUUUUCAAAAUACACAAAAUAUGGCAACAGUAUCAAAAGUAUGAGACUUAUGAAAUGAUUAUAUGGUUUGUUGUACAUAUGCUCAACAUCUGUACGACUGUACAGCUUCAUCAGAGUAAGAAAUGUAUUUGUACAGUUAUAUUUGUUGUGUUUUUUUAUCAGUAUUAUGUUUUUGUCUGGUUUGAGUUGCAAUAAGAAUGUGCAAAGUAUGUCCUUCAUUGCUCAGUUUACUGAUGUUUUCCUCAAGUCCGUCCCUGAUGCAUAGCAUCAAACAUUGCUAUAUUGUUGGUAAUGUGUCUGGUAUUCAACAAUCUUGUACGUGUGUGUUUGUUCAGAUUUCCUUAUCCAGUAUUACGAGAUGAAAACAAAUUUAUGAGAGCACAAUCGAAGCCAAAGCUUCCACAUCGCCAGUAUGAUCCAUUGUGAUGUUCCGUUGAUGGAAUUAACAUCAUGUUAAAUACACGAUCAAUGCUGAACACUGAUAAGUAAUAUUCAGCUGUACCACUGAUUUAUGCAUAUUAUUUUCCAAUAUACAUCCUGUGUGAUAAUAAGUGGGGUUUUGUUGUGUAUUUUACGUGCACGGUUUAUAUUUGUAUGCAUUUUGCAUUUGUGAUAUCACAAUAUUUUAUUUUUGUUUGAAAUAAAUUUGAUAAAAAGUA